UCUUGGAACCCCUGAGCUGGGGUUUUUACCUCCUUUCUGGUUUUAAGUAGUUCCCUCCAUGAGAACUGAAUUUCAAGUGUUCCUCAAGGGCAAACGCAGUGCCCGUGGGCUGGAGUUGAGAGAGGAUGACAGCUUCUGAGGUUGCCUCCUAAGGGCUCUGAGGUGCCUCCUCCAUCGCCCCCCGUUCAAAAUGCCAUUUAAAGCAUUUGAUACCUUCAAAGAAAAGAUUUUGAAACCUGGGAAGGAAGGAGUGAAGAAUGCUGUGGGAGAUUCGCUGGGCAUCUUACAAAGAAAAAUCGAUGGGACCAAUGAAGAGGAAGGUGCCAUUGAGCUGAAUGAAGAAGGAAGGCCCGUGCAGACGUCCAGAGCGCAUCUCCCUGUCUGUGACUGCAGCUGCUGUGGCAUCCCCAAACGGUACAUCAUUGCUGUCAUGAGCGGCCUGGGAUUCUGCAUUUCCUUUGGAAUUCGGUGCAACCUUGGAGUGGCCAUUGUGGAAAUGGUCAACAAUAGCACUGUGUAUGUGGAUGGGAAACCAGAAAUUCAGACAGCGCAGUUUAACUGGGACCCAGAGACGGUGGGCCUGAUCCAUGGAUCUUUUUUCUGGGGAUAUAUUGUGACACAAAUUCCUGGUGGCUUCAUUUCAAACAAGUUUGCUGCUAGCAGGGUCUUUGGAGCCGCCAUCUUCUUGACAUCAACUCUGAACAUGUUUAUCCCUUCUGCGGCGAGGGUGCAUUACGGCUGUGUCAUGGGUGUGAGAAUUUUGCAGGGUCUGGUGGAGGGUGUAACCUACCCUGCCUGCCAUGGGAUGUGGAGUAAGUGGGCGCCUCCCCUGGAGAGAAGCCGUCUAGCCACGACUUCCUUCUGUGGUUCCUAUGCCGGGGCAGUUGUUGCUAUGCCUCUUGCAGGGGUAUUGGUGCAGUACAUUGGCUGGGCCUCUGUCUUUUACAUUUACGGUAUGUUUGGGAUUAUUUGGUAUAUGUUUUGGCUGCUGCAGGCUUAUGAGUGCCCAGCAGCUCACCCAACAAUAUCCAAUGCAGAAAGGACCUACAUAGAGACAAGCAUAGGAGAAGGGGCCAACUUGGCCAGUCUGAGCAAAUUCAACACACCAUGGAGAAGGUUUUUCACAUCCUUGCCUGUCUAUGCCAUCAUUGUAGCAAACUUCUGUAGAAGCUGGACCUUCUAUUUGCUCCUAAUAAGUCAGCCAGCUUACUUUGAGGAGGUCUUUGGAUUUGCAAUAAGUAAGGUGGGUCUCUUGUCAGCUGUCCCACACAUGGUGAUGACAAUCGUGGUGCCCAUCGGAGGACAACUGGCUGAUUAUUUAAGAAGCCGAAAGAUUUUGACCACAACCGCUGUCAGAAAGAUCAUGAAUUGUGGAGGCUUUGGCAUGGAGGCAACCUUGCUCCUGGUGGUUGGAUUUUCCCAUACCAAAGGAGUGGCUAUCUCCUUCCUGGUGCUUGCUGUAGGAUUUAGUGGCUUUGCUAUUUCAGGCUUCAAUGUCAACCACCUGGACAUUGCUCCACGCUAUGCCAGCAUCCUCAUGGGGAUCUCAAAUGGCGUGGGGACUCUCUCUGGAAUGGUUUGUCCCCUCAUUGUUGGUGCAAUGACUAAGCACAAGACCCGGGAGGAGUGGCAGAAUGUGUUCCUCAUAGCAGCGCUGGUACACUACAGUGGAGUCAUCUUCUACGGAGUCUUCGCUUCUGGGGAAAAACAGGACUGGGCUGACCCAGAGAAUCUCUCUGAGGACAAAUGUGGAAUCAUUGACCAAGAUGAGUUAGCUGAGGAGACAGAACUCAACCACGAGACUUUCCUAAGUCCCAGAAAGAAGAUGUCUUAUGGAGCCACCACCCAGAAUUGUGAGGUCCAGAAGACCGAGUGGAGACAACAGAGAGAAGCUGCCUUCGACGGGGAGGAGCCAUUAUCCUACCAGGCUGAAGAAGGAGACUUCUCAGAAACAUCCUAAAAUGUCUAGCUUCACCUCAGCUUACAACUGGAAGUAUUGCACCCAUCGCCUUUCCCAUACCGCGUCUUGUCAGGGGGCCAAAUCGUGGGAAAGGGAGAGAUUAAAUUAACAACAGAGAAAAGAGACACACCUUCUUACAAAGAUGGGAAUAUGGACCUUGGUCUCAGUCGAUAAAAUAGUUGAUCAUAUUUGGGGGCGGGGUGUGGAUUAGGCAUUGGCCGUUGAGCCUUCUUUCAAAAGAACUAGUUAUUCAGGAAUUAAUGGUGAGAAGAAUAAGGAGUAGCUUGUUGCUCAAAUAAACACUGGAAGAAAUCCCUCUUUGGUCUGGAGAACAUGGUGGUUGCCAUCACAUCUCUUAGGCUACUCAUGGAGAGGAGUUUCCUAAACCUAAUGAAGGGAAUCACUCAUGGGGCCCUUGGUUGUGUCAGGUGCUU